AUGACUCCUCCCCUCCCCGUCUCCUCGAGCCUCGACACCAUCGGCAACACCCCCGUCGUAAAACUCCAAAAGGUCGUGCCUACAGGCUCGGCCGACGUUUAUGUCAAACUCGAAUAUUUCAGCCCCACGGGCUCAUACAAGGACCGCAUGGCCAAGUCCAUGAUUGAGGAAGCCGAGCGUCGCGGGCAGCUCACGCCCGGCACGACGGUCGUCGAAGCCACGGGUGGCAGCACCGGCUCAUCGCUGGCGUACGUCUGCGCCGUCAAGGGAUAUCCAUUCCUGGCGCUCUCCUCCGACGCGUAUGCGCAGGAGAAGCUGCGAACCAUGUCGGCGUUUGGGGCCACCGUCGACAUCACCCACAGCCCCUCCGGCAAAGCGACGCCGCAACUCAUGACGGAUAUGAAGGGCCGCGCCGCGGACUUGGGCAAGCAGGACGGGUACUUUUUCACGGACCAGUUUAGCAACGGCGAUGCUCUUGUUGGGUACAGGCAGAUCGGGAGUGAGCUGGCGGCUCAGUUCCCAGAAGGGAUCGAUGCGUUUUGCGGCUCCUUUGGCACUGCUGGCAUGGUCAUGGGCGUCUCGAGCGUGCUGAAACCGAAACUAGCUAGUCUUCGGGUUGUUCUCGUUGAACCUGAGGAGGCAGCAUUAUUAUCUCAAGGCCGGAAGGGUACCCACGGGGUGGAUGGUAUUGCGCCAGGGUUUAUUUCCCAACAUGUGGACAAGACUUUGUACGACGAUGUGCGGGCUAUUGGGGAACAGCAGGGUCGUGACAUGUGUCGGAGGCUCGCCAGAAGCGAGGGUCUGUUGGUCGGAACUUCCUCUGGGCUGAAUAUAGCGGUUGCCAUCCAGCUCGCCAAGGAGCUUGGGCCAGGGAAAACGGUGGUUACGAUCGCCUGCGAUACGGGCCUCAAGUAUUUGAACGGGUCGCUCCUCUCGGAUUGA